AUGAAGUCCUCAUUCUUGAAUUUGAUAGCAUUAGCUACUAUCAUCGCCCACUCCCAUGCUAGAGACUGUACUUUUACAAAUAGCACCACCAUUUUUCGCGAACCUGCUCAAAUCACCAAUAUUCUCAACUGCGAUACUUUUCCCACGUCCGUUCAGAUCUCUUCCAUCUUCCCAGGCACAUUUUCCCUCUCUAACAUUAUUAAUAUCACGGGCUCUAUAUCUAUCUAUCAUGAAUUUGGUCCGCCUGUUUUAACUUCUAUUGUACUAGAUGAUUUGCAAUAUCUAGGUAGUCUGGAUCUAAAUCAAACAACCUGGGAUCUAGAUUUUGUGUCUAUGGGAGCCUUGAAGGCAGUGGGGAAUGUGACGGUUAGUUCGAAUAAGGAGAGUACUUUGAGAUUUCCCGGGCUAAAAAGUGCGGGGGUUUUAGAGUUGAAUGGGAAUGUCUCUACCAUAGAUUUUGGGUUUUUGGUAAAUGUAUCACAGAUUAGAAUUCGCCAGCCGGUUCUUGUAGGUCAAUAUGCGAUAAUACAGAUGCCGGCUCUAAACGCUACAUUCCCAGCUCUAAAAUCGUGUGACUACCUCACCACGUGGGGAAAUAUAUCGGAACUAUCGAUGCCCAACUUGAUCGGGGGUAAAGAUAUACACAGUCCCAUAUCUAUUGAUGUCCAAACAAACUAUGAAUCACCUGUACCCAUUAACUUUGACUCUCUUACUAAUGCCGCCGAUAUUGAUGUGAAAGGUUUCAUUGAACCACUCCAUAUGCCGGUUCUGGCAAAUGCCAGUUCAAUCUCUGCGGCAGUAAAUGGGGAUGUAAAUUUUCCCAGGCUGGUUAAUGCGACGGACAUAUUGGUCCAGGGUCAAGUUUGCUCCCUUUCACUUCCAGCUCUUCAAUAUCUGAACGAAUCCCUUCGAGUACAAACCUAUCGUCCCUUUAACUGUUCACCCCUCCGUACAGUGUACGAUCACACAUCCACGAUAUUCGCAGCGCAGUAUGGUUACAACUCACCAGCAUAUGAAAAUCGGGUAUUUCGAUGUCAAUCUUAUUAUGUGGGCGAAACGAAGGAAGGGCUUUCCCAAGACGUGCGGAAUGGGCCAGGGUUUGGAUUAGGACUCGGAGGGGGUCUGGCGGCAGUUUUAGGAUUUGCAUAG